GUUAUGCUGGAAAACUACACUGAUGUCGAUGUCUUUGUGGAGAACCUCAAGAGCCGUUUCGAGGCCAAGCUCAACUACACCUACAUUCGUAACAUUCUCAUCUCUAUCAAUCCGUUUGAGGACCUUGGCACCUUCACGUCAGACCUCAUUGACGAAUACUCGAACAAGUCCCUUUUUGAGCUGCCGCCUCACCUCUAUGCCAUUGCCAACCAAGCGUACUACACCAUGAAAGAAGAGACCACAGACCAGUGCGUGCUCAUCUCGGGUGAAUCUGGCGCUGGCAAGACUGAAGCCUCAAAGCAAAUCCUGCAGUUCCUCGUUGCCAAAAGCACCGACACGGGCAAGGCCGUCAUGAUCCGUGACCGUCUCUUGCAGUCCAACCCCAUUCUCGAAGCCUUUGGCAACGCCAAGACAACUCGCAAUGACAACUCAUCUCGCUUUGGCAAGUAUCUUGAGUGCCAAUUUGACUUCUUGGGUGAAGUGGUCAACGGCCGUAUGAUGACCUACCUGCUUGAGAAGUCACGUGUCACUACCCAGCUGACGGGCGAGCGCAACUUUCACAUCUUCUACAUGCUGCUCCUGUCCGGCGACGAUGCACUUUGCCGCGACCUCGGUCUCGAAGCCAACAAGCUCGACUACCGUUACAUUUCCCAGGGCGGCGUUGGCAUGGUUGAAGAGCUUGAUGACCAUUCCGAGUUUCUCACCGUCAUGUCAGCCUUCCAACAAUGUGGCAUUGAGGAGCAGGAGCGCCUGGCCCUCUUCCGGGCCUGUGCGGGCAUCUUGCAGCUAGGAGAGGUCGACUUCCAGCAGCAAGGUGACAUGGCCGCUGUCAGCAAUACCGAUGUCUUGCAAAUGGUGGCCGCCGCUUUUUCUGUUGAUCUUGUGGGCUUGACCCAUGCCCUCACGAGCCGAACCGUGGAGGCUCGUGGUGAAUCUCUGGUCAAGCAUCUUUCCAAGGAUGAAGCCGAGACCACACGUGAUGGUCUGAGCAAGUCAAUCUACAAGCGCAUGUUUGCAUGGCUUGUCGAGCGCCUCAAUGCCUCUUUUGGCCAAGAGUACACCGAGGGUCGCUCCACCACCAUGGGCCUCCUGGACAUUUACGGAUUUGAGGUCUUGCAAUCCAACGGAUUUGAACAGCUUUGCAUCAAUUAUGCGAAUGAGCGCUUGCAACAGCUUUUUGUGAAUCUUACCCUCAAGGCUGAGCAAGAAGAGUACGAGCGCGAAGGUGUUGCCUGGGUUGGCGUCGAGUACUUUGACAACAAGAUCAUUUGCGACCUGAUCGAGGAUGCCAAAUCCGGCAUCUUUGCCGCGUUGGAUGACACUUGCCUUGGUCCCGGCGAACAAGGAGAUGACGUCUUCCUCAAGGCGCUGGAUGCUCGCUUCGGACAAAACAAGAAUGCCCUCUACAGCUCCUGGGCCGACAACAAGAAGCUUCAGCGUGACUCGUUUGUCUUGAAACAUUAUGCAGGUGACGUGGCAUAUGACGUCGCAGGCUUUGUGAGCAAGAACAAUGACUUGUUAUUCCGCGACUUGGUGCGAGUCAUGCUCGACAGCAAGGACACCGUCAUGGCCAAGUGGUUUGAUGAGUCUGAGCUUGACUCAAAGAAGCGACCUCCCACUGCCAGCACGCAAUUUCGGCGCAGCAUCAAGGAGUUGAUGGAAACGCUCAUGGUGAAGCAGCCAUCAUACGUGCGCUGCAUCAAGCCCAACCAGCAAAAACACGCCGGCGUUUGGGACCAAGAGCUAGUUACACACCAGGUCAAGUACCUUGGUUUGAUGGAGGUCUUGCGCGUUGCCCGUGCUGGAUACUGUUAUCGACGUCCCUUUGAAGCGUUUUAUCAGCGUUAUAAGAGCGUGUGCAAGGCCACCUGGCCCUCGUACCCUGGCCCGCUCUCCGAGGCGGCCAAGCUGAUUGCUGAUACUCUCAAAGUGGAUGAAUCUGAGGUAGCUGUGGGCAAGACCAAGAUCUUUAUCAAACAACCCAAGACCUUGCUGGCUUUGGAAAAUAGCCUCGUCCUGGCCCGCCAUCGGCUCGCAACCCACAUUCAGGCACGCUGGCGCGGUUUUGUGCAACGCCGUAAAUAUCUAGCGAUGCGCGAGGCUGCGAUUGUGUGCCAGAAGCACGCCCGUGUGGGAUUGGCCAAGCGUGCCGUCUCUCGCCGUCGCCGCGCAGGACAAACGAUUCGUACGUGCGACUUUAUCUUUGGCUUUAUGACCCGAACUCAAGCGCCAAACGGUCACAACGAGCGCUUUGUUGCGCACGUGAAGCGUGAAUACCUCAUCAACCUUGCGAAGAGUGUGCCCAAUCGCCUCGUGAAACGCUGGGUGCGCCCCAUUCCUCCGGUUGUGGCGGACACGGAUGCUUUGCUACGCGACCUUUGCCGACGCAACCUGGCGCUCAAGUAUCGUUUGAAGCUCUCGCCUGAGCGCAAGGCCAUUUUGACCGCCAAACUGGCCGCUCACGAGCUCUUCAAGGGCCGCAAGCUCAUUUAUGAAUCCUCGGUCCCAGUACCCUUCGACAAAUACCGUGUCGAGGAUAAUGAGGCUCAGCGCAUUGCCGAGGCAUUUGCCAAGACCUCGCAACAGGAGGAGGAUCGCGAAGUCUUGUACAUGACUGUGGUUCACAAAAUGGAUCGCACCAACUAUGGCCAUGUUCGCAGUGAUGUCAUUGUUGUUACCAACGACGCGUUGCACGUAUAUGGCCACCCCAAGCUCAAGCUGAAGAUGCGAAUCCCGCUCACUAGCUUGUCCAAGCUGAGCGUGUCAACGCUUUAUGACGGCGUCAUUGUGUUGCAUACGCCCAGCGACGACAAGAAGGAUCGUGGUGACUUUAUUUUUGACACCCCGCAUGUCGUCGAGUUUGCAACCACUCUUUUUCUUGCUGCCAAAGCCAAGGGUGUGACAUAUGACGUUCAGGUGCGAGGAACUCCCGUGACGCAAAUGCAACGCCCUCAACACCACACAGAAGGCUUGUCAGAUCCUCACUCUUGCUUUCCUUGGCCUCGCGCAGUAUGCGGAUGUCAUGGAGCAUCGGCUCAAGAACGGCAAAGUGGGCACAAUUGUGUGCUCCGUUGGGGAAUCGCAGUAUGGCAAGACAAAGCACGAGGGCCAAGCGGCUCUUCUGGUCCAAGCGCCAGAAAUUGCCAACCCCAUGGCAUUUCGUGCUAG